AUGUCGGACUCAUCUGAAGCUUGUAAGGCCAAAGCAUGUGCCAUUCAAGAUUGUUUGCAAAGCAGCGGGUACAACGAGGCCAAAUGCUCAACUUAUAUCGACGACCUUUACAAAUGCUGCAGGGAGUUUUAUGAACAAAACGGACCAGAUGCAAAGAGUGUCUGCUGUCCGAAAUUCAAGCUACUACAGUUGAAGCUAAAGCAAAGGUCAUUGAAUCAAAUGGACGCAACUUUGAUAGAGCAUAGAAAGGGGUAA